CCGCACAUGCGCAGAACACUGUGACUGCCCAUUCGUCCUAAAGCGCGUCGCCGCAAGGGGCGGGGCUUUCGCCUGGCGUGUAUUACGUCUGACGUCAUCUGAGCGCUGCGCACCGUGAUAGGAAGCAAGGUGACCGCUCCGCUGUGCCCGGGAGAGGUAACGUGACAUCAUGGUUCUCCAGCAUCUUUUCCGCUUCUCCUCUAUUCUCCGCUCCUCAGUCUCUGUCCAUUUGAGGAGGAAUAUCGGACUGACUGCAAUUGCCUUUAACAAGACCAAGGAGUUAGAUCCCAUCCAGAAGCUUUUUGUAGACAAAAUCCGUGACUACAAGAUAAAGAGCCAAAAGUCCGGUGGUACUGUCGAUGCCGGUGCAGAAUACCAGAAAGACCUCAAUGAUGACAUCAGCAAGUUGCAGAGGUUAUAUGGAGGCGGCAACAUGGAAAAAUUUCCAGACUUUAAAUUUGAAGAACCAAAACUGGAGGAAGUGCAGAAGUAAUCUGAAGCUCAGACCAAGCCUAUAUGUGUUUCUAGUAAAUUAAUAAACCACUUUGGUGAUGACUUUAA